CUUCCAGAAAUUUCCUCCGAUUCAAAAUUUUCCGGUGAAAUUGAAAAAAAAAAAUCAAAAAAUCUCGAGAUCUUCUUCUUCAUCUCUAAUGGCGACGACGUUAAGCAGAGAUCAAUACGUGUACAUGGCGAAGCUUGCCGAGCAAGCUGAGCGUUACGAAGAGAUGGUUCAGUUCAUGGAACAGCUGGUAAGUGGAGCAACACCAGCCGGGGAACUCACUGUGGAAGAGAGGAACCUUCUCUCCGUCGCGUAUAAGAACGUGAUUGGAUCUCUUCGCGCCGCUUGGAGAAUAGUGUCUUCGAUAGAGCAGAAGGAAGAGAGCAGGAAGAACGAAGAACACGUGUCGCUCGUCAAGGAUUACAGAUCUAAGGUGGAGACUGAGCUCUCAACGAUCUGCUCAGGAAUCCUGAGGCUGCUUGAUUCGCAUCUGAUUCCUUCUGCUACUGCAAGUGAGUCUAAGGUCUUUUACCUCAAGAUGAAAGGAGAUUACCAUCGUUAUCUCGCCGAGUUCAAAUCUGGUGAUGAGAGGAAAACAGCUGCCGAAGAUACUAUGAUCGCUUACAAAGCUGCUCAGGAUGUUGCGAUUGCUGAUCUAGCACCUACACAUCCGAUCAGGCUGGGUCUGGCUCUCAAUUUCUCAGUGUUUUACUACGAAAUUCUCAACUCUUCAGAAAAAGCUUGUAGCAUGGCCAAACAGGCUUUCGAAGAAGCCAUUGCUGAGCUGGACACAUUGGGGGAGGAGUCAUACAAGGACAGUACUCUUAUCAUGCAGUUGCUAAGGGACAAUCUAACCCUUUGGACCUCCGAUAUGCAGGAACAGAUGGAUGAGGCCUGAAGGUCUAAUGGAAGAAAAGACGGUUAUGUAAUGUUCCUGCAACCGUAACCGAAAAUCUGAGUUCAAAACUCUCUUGCCCCUUUGCUGUAAAACUUGUCAGAUUAUGUGCACAGCUUUGGUGUUAUCUGCUGCUCUGUUCAAACUCUGUUUCUUUUUUUAUUUCUAAUUUAUCCUCCCUAA